UGUCGGCCUGCUUCUCCAUUCACAAUUUCACAUCCCCCUCCCGUCUCCGCCGAGCGCUCCCAAAGUCAAAGAAAACCACGCUGCAACUUGCUAACGAAUUCCAUUGCGUGCGCUUCCCGUCCUCCCAUCCCCUCCCCCCUCCCACCACCUCCGCUCCUCCGCCCACGCCAAUCCUCCCAAAUCCACCGCCGCCGAUCCGCCGAGAUGGACCGCAGCAGCAGCAGCAAUAGCGGCGGCGGACACAACCCGCACCUCGGCGUCAACAAGCUCGGCCGGAACAUCCGCAAGGCGACGCCGCCGCCGCCCCCUCAGCAGCAGCCGCCCCGCCCGCCGCACCCCCAGCCGCAGGUAUACAACAUCAGCAAGAACCAGUUCCGCGACAUGGUCCAGCAGCUCACCGCCGGCACCCCUUCCCCUCCGCCGCCCCAGCACCACCACCGCCCCCCUCCGCCGCUCCAGCAGCAGCACCAGCAGCAGUCCAAGCCCGCAUCCAUGCGCCUCCAGAAGAUCCGCCCGCCCCCCAUCUCCACCCCCGUCGCGCGGCCCCCUCCCGUCCACAACCACCACCAGAUACCAAACCCUAACCACAACCCCGCCUUCCACCGCCCCCCGCACCCGCACCACAUGCCCAUGCCUCCGCCGGGGCCCGCCUGGGCCGACUCGCCCGUCUCUGCCUACAUGCGCAUCCUCGAGAACUCCCUCUUCAGCGCCACUCCUCCCGGGGCUGCCGCCGCCGCCGCCGCCGCCGCUCAUGCUCACGCCGCGGCUGCAGCAGCAGCUGCCGGACGGGGGCCUCCGCAGCACCCUUAUCACCCGCCCCCGCCGCCGGUGCCGUCGCCCGGGAUACUCCCUUCGCCGACCGGAUUUCUCAAUUUGCUCUCGCCGACGCCCAGGUCGCCCUACCCGCUCCUCUCGCCGGGGUUCCAGCAACCUCCUCCGCUCACGCCGAACUUCCCCAUGUUGUCGCCGCUGCCAGGAACAGGGAUCCUGGGGCCAGGGCCCAUGCCGCCGCCGCCUUCGCCAGGGCUAUGGUUCCCGCAGUCGCCGUCGGGGCUGCUCUCACCGUCCGGAUUCUUUCCAUUGCUGAGCCCACGGUGGAGAGAUAUGUAGCAUGGGUCAGCAGUCGCCCCUGUAACAUUUGACGGUAGGGAGGUAGCUACAGUGAUGGGAAUUGGUUCAUCCGACGGAGGUGAAACAGGUGGGUUGUAGCUCUCGACACCACUAUUUGUUGCUGUUAAUUGCUGCUGUGCGGUUAGCAUCAUUCUGUAAGGCUUCGGUAAAGGCUGUUGGUUACAUAUUUGUAAUUGUAUAACUGGGGAAAUUUUCAAUUUAUUCACUUUCUUGGCUGCAAAAGGAGGACAGUAAUAACUGGGAAUGUUGUAGUGUAGAUUCUUGAGUGGCUAGGCUUGAAACAUGUAAUUGUAAUUUUAGUUAAAGAAAGAUGAGCUCUUUCUGACAAA